AUGAAGGAGGGGAGGCUCCAUGGGUGGGGUGGGCGCCACUGGGAAGGGAACAGAGAUAAUGAGUGGGAUAUUCGUCGAAGGAGGGCAUUGAAGAUUAUUGCAGGUUUGAUUGAGUAUGAUAAGCAAGCACGUGCACAAGAUUGGAAACGAGUCCAGGAGUUUGACGGGAAAAAAUUUCUCUCAGUUUCACGGGGAAAUUAUGUGGAACUAAACUUUACAAUACGCAGCGACAUUCCACGACUAUGUCUAUGGGGAUUUAAUCUUGAAAUUCGUGAUGGCAGUAGUCAGUCAACCAAUCUUCUUGGUGAAUUCUGUGGAGAUUACGGAACUGGAGUAGUGAGAUCCAGUGGACGAUACAUGUGGUUGAAAUUUAUCGGGACAGGUCUCUAUAACUUCGACGUAUUCUAUACCGCCAGAUCCAUCAAUGAAACAGUCAAUCCUACGUUGGAUCAAGCUGCAAAUACGCAGUAUGUAUUUUUGAACAGAACCUCUAAACUGUGGUGCCCAGUGAAAGGUGCGCCAGCUCCAUACAUUGUAUGGAGAAAAGAUGGUGUCACUGUUCAAAAUAGUACCAGCAUAACAUUUCAGCUUCAAGUAACUUCAGAAGACAACGUGAAUUACAGCUGCGAGGUAAGAAGAGAUGGAGAGGUAUUAAGAAGAAACAUCAGCCUCAGAAUUGAAGAGUGCCCAGGCUCUUGCGAAUGUGACGUCUUCCACCAAACUAUCGUUAGUGUGAAUUGCAGUGGAAAAAGCUUUAAUUCAAUUGCAUGGAAAUUUCCGCCUGCUAUGUCAAAAUUGCACUUAAGCAACAACAAGCUGAGGGACUUGCCCCAAGGAAUCUUCAGUAAUUAUACCCAGCUGGAGUGGCUGGAUAUUAGCAACAACCAGUUGAAGGAAUUACCAUCAGGCAUAUUCAGUAACAAUACCAAGCUGUCCGCCCUGAAUAUAGGCAACAACCAGUUGAAGGAAUUACCAUCAGGCAUAUUCAGUAACAAUACCAAGCUGUACGCCCUACAAUACAAAUACAAACUCAUCCUGCUUACAGAGGACUCUACAUCAAACUCCGUCAUUUCGGACAUUUCUCUGGCUGUUCAAGAAGUUCAAUCAAUUUUUAAGGCGUUAAAACCUAAAAAAGCUAUCGGUCCCGAUGAGAUUCCUAACAGACUCCUCAAAGAGACCGCUCCUAUCAUUGCUCCGUCAUCAACCGUGUUGUUCAAUAUAUCUCUACGUGAGGAUAACAUUCCAAGUGAGUGGAAGCUGGCAUACAUAGUACCUCUCCACAAGAAGAAUGAUAAGACAUACGUCGAAAACUACUGCCCUAUCUCCUUACUCGGUAUCGUUUUCAAAGUUAUGGAACGUUGUGUUCUUACCAAUAUGAAGGAACAACUGUCCGGGCUUACAUCUGCCGGGCAACAUGGAUUCCGGAGUGGCAAAUCAUGUAUAACCAACUUGCUCGAAUCGCUGGACAGUAUCGGCUUACUUUGGGAUAAGGAAAGUCAGAUAGGCUCUGUUAACCUCGACAUGUUUAAGGCGUUCGACAAAGUCAGACACGACCUUUUAUUGCACAAGCUCCAAGAAGCGGCUUUCGGCGGAAACUUACCAAGAUGGUUUAGUUCCUACCUUAUAGACCGGCGGUAA